AUGGCUUGUCAGUACAUCAUGGUAGAUCAGAGUUUGAUGGAAUCUGUCCUUGAGGUUGCUGAUAUGCUUGAAGUGAAGGGGCUCUCACGUAUACGUUCAAAUACUUCCCUGAAGAAAUUCAUGGGACAUACAUCCACAACUGCCUCAAAUACACCUGUCACAGAGGAACCAAGGUCAGACUGUAGGUCUCCAGAGGAUCAGUUCUAUCAAAGCAACCAACAGGAAAGCAGGACCAUUGAAGCAGAGGGAGCAUGGAGGGGGUUGCAGGGCAGUGCAGUGAAUGAUACUGGCCCUUCCAAAGAGAAUAUUCACACACCAGCAGAAGGGAUCUCUUCCUCUCACACACCAGCUCAUGCUCCUUGCCGCCAAGUCAAUCCCCAGGAAGACCAGGAUGAAACACAGACUUCAGGCAUUGACCUUUCCUUAGCUAAGAAUGAACCUUGGUCACCCAGGGAAGGUAUUGCUCACCCAGGACCAAAGGAAGAUAUUGAAGAUGAAGGCUUAGGCCCAGCAAAGAAAAAAAGAAAGCAUG